AUGAGUGAGGAACUUACGUCGUCGGCGUUGCUAGAGCAACUCGUGUAUAUUGACAACUACAUCAACGGGACACAACCAAAUACCGAUAGCUCAACUGCUACGCCAAAUAUUGAUGUUGAUGGACAACUAAGUCUAGAUUUGGCUGCAUUUGCUGAUGAUUCAUUUAUAUUCCCUGAUGAAGACAAGCCAAAGCCAUUGUACGAUCACGAAGAUGAUGGGGAAGACGAUGGCGAAGAAGAAGAUGUCGAUGAGAUUGGCCAAGCUGAAGGUGUCCGACGCAGAAUAGGUGACAAGAAACGCAACAAGGAUGCAAAUUUUGCUAGUUCGGGAAACAAUGAUGGAUUGAAUGGAUGGAAUAUACACGAGUUUAACAGCUCCAAUUUGGUGCCUACUAUCAAACAAGAACCCGAAGUAGGGAGCUCGCAUCUGUAUUUCAGAAAUCUUAAUGGUGAGGAUGACGAUGGCCAUGAGGAUAGGUUGAACGAGUUCAAUUUGUUGCUGAGCCAUGCCAACAAUGGUGAUACAGGUCUACCUCAUGGAUUGAUGGAUGCUUUCCACAACAGUAGCAAUAAAAACAUCACAAACGGCAAAAACAAUGAUGUACAUGGUCAUGAUUUGGAUACUCAACAUCAGCAUCAUCAUCAUCGCCAUGUGCAACCACACAAGUUGUUAAGUUUGAAUGAAUUGCCCAAGUUCCCGGUGCCACCUGGCGCAAAAAAUUCAUUGGUUAGUGCUGGCUUAUCACUGAAUCAAAUUGAUUUGUUGAGUGCAUUGAUUGCCCAGCAUCAGACUAACUUGGGUAAAACGAUUUCACAACAACAACACCGAGGAUCGGCAGGGGAACCCAAUGAUGAUGGUGAUUUGGGCGUAGAAACAAUAAAUAGUUUUAUGGUGAAACAGCAACAACAACAACAACAACAACAACAACAGGCACCAGUAUCAUCAACAUCAACGUCAUCGAACUUGCCAUUAAACAUGGCUCCAAUUACUCCAAACGCAGCAGCAUCACUAUCACCAGCAGAUGUUCCAACACGCCAACUAAACGCUUCAUUUCAACUUCCCUCACAAGGGAACCCACAUGCAUCCUUAUCAUCAUCAACAGCAACAGCAGCAGCAGCACAAACCAAUUCAGGUUUACAACUACUAACAAGAUCACGUAAUCCAAGCGUCACAUCGUUCAUUGAUCCUAGCUUACAACAACAACAAUCGCAACUGCAACGAAAUGGAUCAGUGAGUGGAGCAUACGUAGCAGCUGCACCAUCAUCAGUAACUACAGCCAGUUCCAAUAUGAGUCUGCCUGACGCAGCAGAACUCGACAAGAAACGUCGCAACACUGCCGCUAGUGCACGAUUCAGAAUCAAAAAGAAGAUGAAGGAACAACAAAUGGAAAACAAGAUUUCCUCAUUACAAGACAUGAUAUCAUCAUUGGAGAAUAAAUUGAGUCAUUUGGAAAUGGAGAAUAAAUUGUUGCGUAAUUUGAUUAUUGAAAAGGGCAGUCAAAAGAGUGAUGAUGAGUUGAAGUUGUUGAAGGAGAAGGCCAAACAAAGGUAG